AUGGAGACCUCAAGGUCCCCUUCUCCACAAUUUGCUCCGCAGAAGUUGACAGAUAAGCCUCCUGUGGCUGUUCAGGAUGAGAAUCCCACAAGGUAAGGCAGUUUUACAUGAAUUGUUAACCAUCUUGUCUUAAGAUUUACAUUGACAUUAUUAUUGCCCUUAAUUAAUUAUUGUUACCUGUAGCCUGCUCAGCUGCAGCAGUAAAUUUAUGCUAACAGGGUUGUGACCACUUUUUUCUCUACUGAUUUCCUCUUAUGGAAUUUUGUAUGAAUGAAUGUUGUAGAGUCAUACCUUGGAUCCGAACAACCCCCAAAGUGAUUGUUCCGGUUUGCGAACGUUCUUUGGAACCCGAAUGUCUGAAGGGGCUUCCGCAGCUUCCAGUUGGCUGCAGGAGCUUAUUGCAGCCAAUCGGGAGCCGUGCUUUGGUUUCCGAACAUUAUGGAAGUCAAACGAUUCCGUGUGAUUUCCAAGGUACAACUAUAUUUCACAUUCACCUGGCUCUUCAUUCAUGGGUACUGCCGCCCAUAAAUCAUCUGCAAAUAAACACUGUGCAAUUUAUUUAUUUUAUCUUUCAAAUGGAGCUAUCAGUCCAAUCCUUUUUUAUUCUUAGCUAUUCAUACUGAGUAAAUCUCAGUGUCUCUUGAGUUUUCAGACAUUCACAAAACUUGUCUGGGAUUGUCAACAUCAAAUGUGAAUGUUGUCUGUCACCAUUCAAGACAUUCAAUUUAAUUUGUCAAACAUUCAAUGCAAAAUAUGCUGGCAAGCACAUAACUUUACUCUUAUUUAGAUUAAAUAUUCAAAACUGAUAAAUGUAGAGAAGUAAAUUUAUCAUCCUGUAUUUAAUUCCUUGCUAUAUUGCAGUAUUUGCAUGCAAAGAUAGUGACCUUAUAUUAAUAGAUAAGUGCCUCAUAGAUCACAUAUGUCUCAAGGACAUGACCGUGCUGUGCCAGCAUUGGGCAAGAUUUCUGAUCUUCAAGAUACGCACUGACAAUAUGGCCCAAUAAAUGAUCUGCAUCAAUGUAGCUAUAGCAACAUGCUGCAUAUAUCAGAAUAGAUCAUCUCUGUUGUAAUGCUACUUGCAAACCGCAAAUCCAUUUAUGAAUGGCUGCUGUGGCCUAUCAGCUGUGUCAUCAUCUGCGCUGGCAUACCUGGCUUAAAAUACCCAAAGCUUUGAAUGCUUACAAACAAAUGAAAAGUUGGCAAUCUUGUGCUCACUUAUUUUAAUGUUAAUGGGGCAAACAUCCAAGUUAUGUGGGAUUGUUUGAAAAGUACAGGUCCCAUUACUGAUCCUUGGGGUAUUCCACUUUCUGCAUCCCUCCAUCUAGAGAACUGUCCAUUUAUGCCUACUCUCUGCUUCCUGCUGCCUAACCAAUUGAAAGGAAAGGAAAGGUAAAACUUUGAUGUGUUGUUUGCUCCUUACAUUUGUUGGUCCCUGUAUAUUUCCCUAAAUAUCUUGCGCAAAUUAAAUGUGAUGGGCCAUUUUGAGCCGUUAACGUUGUUCUCUUUUCUCAAGAAUCGAAAGAGUGAUGGAUAACAACACAACUGUGAAGAUGGUUCCCAUAAAGAUUGUACAUUCUGAGAGCCACGCAGAGAAGGAAAGUAGGCAGAACCUUGUGAGCACCAUUGAACUUCCUGCUUUGCCAAGCGGCUUGGAGAAGGACCAGAUUAAAACGCUCAGCACUUCUGAACAGUCCUAUUCCCGUUUCUGUGCUUACACGAGGCAGGGGGUGGAGCCAGAGCCUGAGAACAAAAGCCUUCUCCCUUGUUUGCAGCCCGCCGAAGCGCCUGGGAACAACACAAAGGACAGUGAUACUUCUGCCCAUGCAGUCAGCUAUAUGAGGGCCAAAGAAAAGACCAUGGAAGACUGGAAGUCGGAAGAGCUGGCCAGAGAGAUUGUGGGCAAGGAUAAGUCACUAGCGGACAUUCUGGACCCAAAUGCGAAAAUAAAAACUACAAUGGACCUGAUGGUGGGAAUAUUUCCGAAAGACGAACAUCUCUUGGAAGAAGCCCAGCAACGCAGAAAGCUGCUUCUAAAAAACCCGUCACCAAAAACUGCAGAGGACAAGUGAGUAGAAAUAUAUUAACCUUAAGCCUUUUAUCCUUUCUCCUUUCCUUUGCCCAAUGUGUGCAUUUGAUCAGCUUAUUUUCUGUUUAGAAAGAGGGACUUUUAUAAUAUAAAUGCAAAUCAAGAUGUGUCCUUGUGGGUUCGUAUAAUCCAAUUCACUUUUUUGAAGCAGCAAAACGUCUCCAGUAAGCUUACAAACAGGGCAUGAAUUUCUGCAACCUUCAUUGGUUGUUUGCAGUUCUUUGGUUGUUUCUGGAAAACGCAGAUAGUGGUGGCCUGCCAUAAUUUGACAGGAAUGUUGGUCCAAAGAACAGGGGCAGUCACACUAAAAGCCCUGCCCUGUGUUACUGCGAAGUGGGCUUCUGAUAUCUUUGGAGGUUGUAGAGGAGAAGCUGUCACAUAGACUGCAGUGAGUGGGUAUAUAAGUUGGUCUAUAAAGGAGCCUGGCUAUGAGCUGUAUAGGAGCCGAUAGAUUAGCGCCAGCAACUUGGACGUAGCCCAGUAGCAGCCUGGCCAUAACUUGCAAACAUGCUGUUAUAUGCUAUUUGCUGUUGACAGCUACAUCCUACACAGAAACAACACUGUUACUUGACAUUUUUAUGUAGCAGUGGAAGUUUAUAAAUUUGCUUGGUCAUUAAUGACAUUUUAAUAUAUCCUCUUUCUGUCAGUAGAUUCCACAGUUUAAAAGAGGGGUGGGAAUCUCCAGGCUGUGGACCUGAUAAGGCCCAGAGUGGGUCUCAAUUUAGAUCUACCAAGACCCAGUAGGGAAAAUCAAGAAAAAAUGGGUCUCCCAGCUUGUGCUUUUUCCAGUUUCCUGGGAAAAGGGAUUGACAGUUGAAUCACUCUGCAUAGGGACUAGGGGUCUCCUAACUCCUAACAGCUCUUAGCACCCUUAGCAAACUGUGGUGCCCAGGAUUCACUGGGGGAAGCUAUGACUUUUUAAGGGGUAGAAUAUUGUACUGCUUUAAAAGUAUAGUGCAGAUGCAGCCUUAAUCCACCACCUGCCUGUCAACUAAACUUAUACCCUGCUUUACAGUACAAAGCUUGUGAGGAAAGCUACACACACAUAGAUGGAUUGAUAUACAGAUAAAUUUAUUGUCAGUAUUGUUGUUGGGCAUUCUUGGUGCCCAAACAAAUGCUCAGCAGUAUUUUAGUUCUAGAAAUACCAUCAGAUUGACCUUGAAAUUUUGAGGAAAUAGAAGAGACUCAUACUUGAAAUUGCAAGCACCCUUCUAAAAAUGAAUAGGGCAUGGAAAACCAAACCGUCACAGUCUUUCCCCAAACAUUUUCUCCUUAAACAAUACCCCACAGUAUUUAAACCCCAGUAUGCGUUCACUAGGGAAAGUAAAUCUCAAAUUUGAUAUCCAAGCAAGUACUGGUUAAAUUCUUGCUGCUUCUAGCCAAAUGAGAUGGAGUCUUUAUCUCCUUCCUGCCCACCUGAUGGUUCCUCUUAUGGUGUUGCCUAUUUGGGUCCAGAUCAUCCAAGGGGGUGAAGCCAAAAAACAGUGUGUCUUAUCUAUGGCAGAAGUUCAAAGAGUUGUAGGUCCUGUUGAGUUUUCUCAAGUCUUUCCUCAGACUGGUGUGACUCUUGGUAGGCUGCCUAGUCCCAUUCUAAAUGUUUACCUUUGGGGGAAGGGAUGUAAACCACCUUGAUCAAAUAGGCAGCAACCAGUUUGCAAAUUCUAUAAAUCUUAUUUGACAAAACCCUGUGUAUGCAUGUUUAUUUGGGAGUAAAGCCAAGUGGAUUCAGUGGGACUUACCUUGAACUAAACAUGCAUAGGAUCCGGCUGCAAAUUAGCCAAUUGCAAUUUAACUUUACUGUCGGGUAAUAGCUAGCACAUUCUGUUUUCCAAGGUUUGUUCUUGGCUACAGCUAGUGUUGAGUGAAGAGAGUGCUUAUCUUGGAGUCCUUGUUCAGACAACACCCUAAGCCAAAUCUUGCAAAAAGGACUAGGGAGGAGCACAGAGCCUGCGCAUUCACAUCACCUCGCUGAGGUUUGCGUUAGCUUAGUAUUUUGCGCAAACCUGCUCAUAGUGCCUUCGCUAUCUUAUUUUCAAAAUGGCAAUGAAAUAGCUUUUCCAAAAGGUUGCAUUCAGUAACAGGACCCUCUUAAGGCUUGCAGUUUAAGCAUUAGAAUUGUGAAUAAUGAAACAAGAGCAGCUGUGUUUUUCACUAAAAGUUAUGCUUAUGGGAUUAUAUAGUCGGGGCUAAUGAGAGCCCCAAAGAGGUUUAAACAUUACCUUCCUGCCACUGGCCAUAUAAUCAAGGAUACAGUGUGGAAAUCUAAACACUGACAAGGGAGCAUCAAUUAAGGGGCAAAAUGGAAAUCAGCAUUUUCAGGCAAUCAUUUUGGCAGUUUCUUUUAAUUGCCCGUCUCUUUAGCUAGGGUCUGAGAGUGCCAGAAUGAUAUGGUUAUUUCAUGCGAGACAUUAGCCCCUGCAAUAGCCCCAGGGUGAAAGAGCCUUUCUCGAAGCCCUACAAUUUACUUGCUGCAAACAGUGUUUCGAAAUGAUUACUGUCCUCCUUUCAAUGUGCAGAAUGUCAGGAAGCGAAUUAGAAUUGGGUGUUGCUCUUUUUUUCACCUUGGCUUAGGAAAGAGGAGCAGCCCCUGCCUUCAGCUAUCCCCUUGACAACCAAUUCCACUUACUACAGCACAUCUGCACCCAAGGCAGAACUGCUGAACAAAAUGAAGGACAUGCAGCAGCAACAGCAGCAGCAGCAGCAGCAGCAAAGUGAGGAUUCUGAGGAUGAGCUAGACCAUGAUCUAUCUGAGAAGAAGGUAAGAUUGUAUUUCUUUUUUUCUUUUUUAAAAACCAACCCAUGCUGUUGAAAUCCAUGCUGCUAGAGCCGUCUAGUAGAUCUCCACUGCAGCCAGCCCAGCCAAAAGCGAAUGUGGCCAGGCCAGAAGCUGUGUGACAGCACAGGAGCUGGCAAGCUGGCAUCGCAACUCACAAAAGAUGGAUGGUAAAGGUUUCUCUCAGACGGAAUGAAAGCUAUAGGACAACCAGCUGGAGAGUGGGCAGGGAAGUAAGGUUUCAGUUAAACAGAUAUGGCAUGCAGGACCACAGGAAGCUGCCUUAUUUAUGUCCAGUCAGUCUAUUAUUCUCUGUCUACUGAGAAUGGAAGGUUCUUGGAACUGGGUACAGAGGUUGCUUCGCUCACACCCCUUAUGACAUUUUAAACCAGAGACACCAGGAGCUGAGUCUGGGACCUCCUGGAUGUAAGGAAUGUAGCUCUGCGCUGAGCUGUGUUCCCCUCCCUAAAUGCAGAAGGGGGUUGGUAAUGUUAGGAGUCCUUGCCUCACUUCACUCAUAUGUCAGGAGGAGCAACUGACUGAACAGCAGCUGGCUUUUGUAUUGGACAAGCCAACUUCACAAUGCAACAUGGUGGCCAAGACAUGCAGCAACACUGCGCAGCAGAAACAUGGUCCAUACAGUACAAGUUCAUAUCUGGAGAUAACAAUCUAUUUAUCUGAUGUAGGUAUCUCGACACCUACACACACAAACACACAACACUGCCAUUUCAUAAUAAACCAGUUCUGGUUAGAUUUCAAAAUCUUGAUUGAAUAUAGAUUUAUGGGUUUCCCUGAACCAAGCCAGGUCUGAGAGAACACAGCCCUAAAGUCUCUCAGCUCCUUUAUUCUGAGGCUCAUAAAAAGGGAGACUUGCCUCAUAAUUGGCUGGGCCUUUCCUCUGGCAAAACACUAGGGCCCUUCUGAGGGCCUGGCUCAACUGCUGUUUACAUUAUUGCUUAUCCUAGGCAGUGAGAUAUGUAUUCUCUGCUUAAAUGGGUGUUCCUUCAGGCCAAGUGCAAAGGUUGUUCAUUCAAGCUUUGGCAACCAGAAACGCAGCUCUCCUCCAGUUUGGGUUCUUAAUGCACCCUCUCCCCUCCAAUAAUGAGGAACCUGGGAAUGUGCCUCGGCGCACCUACAUAUGCAGCCUUUUUCCCUUAACAUAGGUGAAGUGACCAGAGAAGUCCUUCAGAUGUAUCUGCAGCCGGGCCCGUGGGUGGGGGGUGGCAUUUUCCAUGAAGCAAGCCCUGCUGGGUGGGAUCUGCAUCUCUCCCUCCAUCUUUUGUGCCAGCCAGAUGCAGCUCCCACCUGCAUGGGAUUGCCUCAUGGGAAAACAACUCCCAGCUCCAGGUGAUUGUAGGUAUGUCUGAAGUAAGUCUGAAGAUGAUACCAUGUCAAAAAUGUGAAGUUGGCAGUCAAACCAAGGGAACUGGUUGGUGUGGUCUUGUGUCUUGACAAAGAAGACAAUUGCUUUUUUUACUAACCAACAAUGCAACUUAUGCAAGAAUAACUGAAAUAUGCGUGUGACGCCUUGGAUGUAGAAUCUAAACAACUUUCUUACAAGUAGGAGCCGGAGGCAUUGGAAUUGCUACACCUGACUCUUCACUUUUGCAACUUUCCUCAAAAGGAAGCAUGUAGGAGACAUUGCAAGAGCACAUUGCAAGAGUUCCCUGGGAGAGGGAUUGGUUAUUAAAGCACUCUGGGAAUUGUAGUGCUGUGAGGGAAACGGGUCUCCAAAGAACUCUCAGUUCCCUUAAUGAACUACAGUUCCCAGGAUUCUUUGGGAAAGCCAUGGCUGUUCAAAUUGUUAUGAUACUGCUCUAAAAAUAUGGUAUGGAUGCGGCCUUAAGAGUAUUUCGGAGUGAAAUGGGGCUGGGAAGGUUCAGUUGUGAUUGCGUCCGUUAUGCCAAAUAAAUUGAGCUUACUUCUCCCCCCCUUUUUUUCCCCUCUUCCGUAGCAAGAACUUAUAGAUAGCAUAAGUCGAAAGCUGCAAGUGUUGCGGGAAGCUCGUGAGACGCUCCUGGAAGACAUUCAGGCCAACAAUAUGCUUGGAGAUGAAGUGGAGGCCAUUGUCAAAGAGGUCUGCAAAUCCAAUGAGUUUGACAAGUUCCGGAUGUUUAUUGGGGACCUGGAUAAAGUGGUCAACCUCCUGCUGUCACUCUCUGGCCGUCUGGCACGAGUAGAAAAUGCACUAAACAACUUGGAUGAAAAUGCCUCUCCUGAAGAGCGGGUAAGUCUUGUGUUUGUUUAAAAGAGCUCCUGUCUAAUGUUGCUCUCUUGAUGGCAAGUAGAUUUCUUCAGUGACAAUAGCUGACCUUAAGUUUAAAAAAAUAAAACAAAAAAAAGCCCCAACAAGGAUAUCCAAAGCAAAAAAGCUAGCCAAAGACCACAAAAAAGACACAGGUGGCAGAGGGGUAGCGAUUCCAAGAUUUUAAGACAAGCUGAGACAUAGAAGAAUCAUUCCAAGUUUCAAAAUGUCUUGGUGAAUAUGAUGAUGUUCUAAAAGGUCCUCCGCAAUUUGCCUAUGAGAUGUGCUUAGAUUUUACUAGCAUUCUUCCUUUAUAGCAAGGAAAUUAAAAUGUUCACCAUGUGACUCAAGGAACUAAAACUGAAAACUAAAAGCCUGUGUUUCUAUAUAGCUCCUAAAACUUGUUCCAUUCUGCCUUGCCUUUCUUUGAUCUCUCUUGUGAUCCUGUGAGCAUCACCUUUCAGCCCUUCUCUAUUCCACAACCACAGCCUAUAUUACUGUCCUAUUGCUGGCCUCCACAGUUUUUCUUUCCCCAAUAUAAGGGGCUCAAAUUGAUUACAGUUUAUUUAACUGACGUUUAUAAACCAGUCAGUACUUAAUAACCUCUUCCUCUGUUUUUUCCCCCUGAAAGCCUCAUGAUUUUGCACAAGUAAACAUGUGUGCAAAAGAGAGAAUUAAGAACUGGGUGUUUCUCUAAGCGUAGGAGUAAGGAGGGUGGUGGUGUUUUGUUUUUAAAGGGGUUUUUCAAGUCCUGUUGAUGCCAUCUUUGUAAUCAUGCACAUUUCUUAUCUUCACUAUGCUCUCUCGAUAUGCUCUCAGUGAGUAGGUUUCUUAGCAGAUUUUAUUACAGCCAUGUAGCAGUGAGACUAGGCUGACUUACCUGCCAAAUUGCACCUGAAAUGACCUGGAAUGGUUUUGCUCUCUCCCCCUCAAGCGGAUCCUGGUGGAGAAGAAGAAGCUGCUCACACAGCAGCACGAAGAUGCAAAGGAACUGAAGGAGAACCUGGACCGAAGGGAACGCAUUGUCUUUGACAUUUUGGCCAACUACCUGAGCGACGAGAGCCUUGCCGAUUAUGAACAUUUUGUCAAAAUGAAGUCAGCCCUCAUAAUCGAACAGCGAGAGCUGGAGGACAAAAUCAAACUUGGGGAGGAGCAGCUGAAGUGUCUGACUGAUAGCCUUCAACCUGACAGGCCCAAAUGACAUUCACCCAAGGACCUUGGAAAUCAAAACAACGUGGGUUUAGAAGUAUAGAACUCCUCCGUUCACUAGGGGGAGCUGCUCAAAAGAAACAACGACAAUAAGUCAUAAUAGCAAUAAUAUUCAGGGGGAGGGGAAUUGUUUCUGUGUGGGGUUAUUUGCAUUUCUAGAAACAUUUCAAAGCCUCUCUGGCUUUCCUUCAUCACACAGCCUUAGGAACCCCUCCGGACAUUAGAGUCUGUGCUUCAGAUUCGGUAUAUUCAGGAAUCUGCUGCAGUUGUGCAUGAGUGCAGUUCUUUCUUUUUUUUUUAACAAAGAAAAAAAAUGUGUGUGGUUUCUUUUCAGAUUCAUAUAGGUUGCUGUGGAGCCCUCAAAAACUUAACAAUGAGGAUUUUAGGAGACUUUUUUGGGAGGGAGCAGGAUACAGCCAUAUCAAACAGACAGAACAGAUUUAAACAUGUUACCUGUCUAGUGUUGUAUUCAGGUUGGUGAGAUAUAGUGACGUUUGCACAUUUGAUCUGCAAUCCUAUGCACACUUACCUGGGAGUAGGCCCCAUUGAGCAAAGUGGGACUUACUUCUGAGUAAAUACUCGCAAGGUUCCACCGGCAGGUGCUGUUUUGAAGAAGUGUUGCAUAAGCUCUGCCUUUCCAAAAAAAUUAUGUCGAUACUGUUUGGAUGAGUAGACCUUGGAACAACCUAUAAUAAGCUACUUUCAAACACACCACAAACUGUGUGACUGUACAUGGUUUUUAAUGUCUUGGCGGAGUGGAACUUGCCAUUAUUAUUAUUUUCCAUUUGAAGAUAAAGUUGGAGAAUUUUAGCCAGUCUUGUUCAAUUCAUUAAUUAUCAUCUUCUCCACAGCACAAAUGCAAUAAUGUCAUUCAGCUCAGCUGUCUUAUAUGAAUGAAGUGUAACUAAGGGUCUGACUAUAAUAUGCACAGGUCUAUAAAUAAAAGGCAGAACUUCUGCUACAUUAUGCUUGGUGCCAUUUGCCAGGGAUUCAGUGAAUCAAACUACAAAUUAGAAUAUCAUUCUGUAUAUCUUUCAUUUGCACAAAGCUAACUGUGUGUUUUUUUAAUUUUAUCAUGUCCUUCGUGCCUAGGACUGCUGUUUGUCCAGCUUUUUCAUGCCUCAACAAGAAGCAUGAUAUCCAUUUUACUGAAGUACAUUGGAAACGUUCACUGUUAUUACGUGAGUGUAUUCCCAUUUUCAUAUUAACAAAUAUCCCUGCCACUAUGGGACUUCCAUUUUCCACAAGGAGUGAUGCAUUAACACUGCCAUCAAAGGAAAAACAUCUAUCUAUAAAAAGUCCCACUAAACUGUCCUCUACAAAACAAGAACGGUGGGAUAACAAAUGCUGAUGUACUAAUCUGCACAGUAAGUGUUCCCUCACAUUAAUGUACAUAUCAGAUGGAUAAAGGGAAAUCAUACUUGUUUAUAGGCUGUUUUUAACUUAUACUGAGAAAAUGAUUUACUCAGCACUUAAAUCUUCAACUCCCCUGGCUGUAGUGCCCUCCCUGACAAGGGGAACUAAUUUAAACAUUACGAAAAAAGAAUUCUCUUGACACUUGCCGCUUGAUUUAAGUGUAGGCAAAAUAUUUCCCUUCUACGGUUCUCAACAUUCAGGUAAAAUGCAGUCAUAAAUAUAAGCAAUGGUUGACUGUACAGGGUCUUGGCAUAAUCACUUCUAUGUAAUCAAGUAUUUCAAAGACAAAUCCUAGAAGGGGGCUUUCCCCUGAGUUAUCAGUGCUAUUUCACACCCCAUAGGCCACUGGCCUGCACCAGGGUCAUUCCUUUAACCCUCUGCUGUACUAAUGGGUCCCAGGUUUGUCUAUUCCGUUUAGAAGACAUCUGACGAGUUAUCAACAUCAUCAGAUGCUGUUACAUCCAACCAAUAUUAGAGAAACAGAUCCAUUUUGUCUUGGAAUCUUUUACCUGAUCCUUAAAUAAAGCCAAGCUAAGAUAAAUGAUUAUUUGUACUUCAGUCAGCUGUGAGCUUUUACAUGUCACUCUUUUUUUUAAAAAAAGAGACUGUGAUUCUGAUUGUGUAUGUGAACUUCAAAUAUAAUUUCAGCACAGUACUUUGAGUUAAAUCAUAUAAUUCUUAUGAAGAUAGCAAUAUGGAAAUUGAUGUAUCAUUAUAUAUUAUCCUUUUCAUAAUGUGAUAUUUAAUCACUCCCCUUGCUUCUUCCUUUGUUCUUUAUUGUUGCUGGCAGGCUCUCCGGAAGGGACCAGGAGUGAGAUUCUCCCUACUGCUGUAUAUAUUUCUAUAAAUAGCGUUUUUGUUGCUUUGUAAGAGAGAGAGAGAAAACCUGGUGCUAAUGUCUUGCCUCUGGCACCCAUAAGUGAAGGAUUCCUUUUUCCAUCUUAUGGGUCACUGCAGUUUUUAGAGCUUUUUUGUAUUGUGGGAGGAAAUAAAGUCUUUCCGAUUUCUCCUGUGUCCCCCUUUAAGUUUUCAACCCUGAGUAAAAAGCAUAUAGAGAUUUCUUUCUUGCUGCUUGAGUAUAACAUCAUGCUUGACCGAGGGAAAUAAACUGAAUAUUGUGUUUCAGUGUAACGAGUAAUUUAUUAAUUUUAAUAUGUUAUCUACAUAACAUUCAAAUAUACAUAACCUGCUUUUCAUAGAGGAAUGUGCAUACCGUUUUGGUGAUGGUGUCCGAGUUGAUUAUCAUGACCUUUUCCCAAUUCAGAUCCAUUUAAGUUUAGAAUCCUUACCAAAUUCAGCUUCCAAAAAAGAAAGGAUGGGGGGAUAUAAAGCCAAGUUGUGUUAAGGAUCUCCCCCGCCCCCCAAUUGUGGAAUAACAUGAGAUUUCCCAUAUUUUGUGUUAUGCUACAGAAUAGACACUAGAGGGAGAAAGAGUCAAAUAUAGGACAAUGCCUGUAGAUAAAUGAAAUUAUGUAUUUAGUUAGCUAAAUGGGAUAAAUAUUGGUCCCACUGAGUAACAGCUGACUGAUUAAUUUAAUUUAGACUGCAAUCCAAUGCUCAACUGGACUCAUUGAGAACUAACUUCUGAGUAAACAUGUAUAGGAUUAAGAGUGAUUGAUGUUUUAAAAAAUCAUCUACCGUUCCAUUAAAAAAAAAAAAUCUUAAGAACCAUAUUAAAGCAAUAAAGACAUUACUAUCAGCAGCAUUAUGAGAAAACGGCUGAGAAUUCACAGUCAAGUGGCAGAAGAACAAAAAUAAGAGAUUUUAAAAUUCCAUAUGGAGUAGCUUCGGUUCUGACAAUAUCAGAAGGAUCGACCAGAAGAAAGAUUAAAACAGCCUGCAGUUUUGUUUUGUUUUGUUUUGUUUUGUUUUUAGCUUCAAAAGGAGAGUUAACCCUGUGGCUGGAGGGACAGAGCAUAGUGGACCAUCCUUUUGGAGAAGGAUGGGAUAGAAAUGCUUUAAAAUCAAGAUCCAUUAGAAUCAUAGAAUUGGAAGGGAUUCUAUGCAGGAAUCUCAACAUGCCCGCCAUCCAGUUUGAAACUGUACCAGACCCUGUUUAGCUUUGCAAAUUUGCUAGCAGUUUUAUUGCUGUGCCACUCGGUGGAGGAGCCUGAUGUCUGAUGAUACAUGCGAAAACCUCCAUUGAUUCCACUAGCUAACUGGUUCAUAAUGAACAUUGCAGUCCCUCAGUUAAGUCAGUCCCAAGCUUUUCAGGGCUUUAAACAUCAUAAGCAGCGCUUUGAACAGUGCCUAGAAAAGAACUAGGAGCCACUAAAGUGGUUUCAGCAAAGGAAAUGCAUAGUAAGUCUGCUGUAGUCCAGAUUAAACUGUUGUUGGACUGCAAUUCCCAUCAUCCCUGACUAUGGGCCAUGCUGGCUGGGGUUGAUGGGGUUUGGAGUCUGAUGACAUCUGAAGGGCUAUCAGUUCGCUAUCCCUCCCUGCACAGCCUUGGGCUUUAGCUAGACAGUAGUUCUGGGAGAUGGAAUGAAAGUGAAUUUAGUGCAUAUGGCUGCACACGUGUAGAUGCCGACAUAAUAGAAGUCAUGGGAAAAAAUUCUUCCAAGAGGCAAAAAAAAAAGGGGGGGGACACCAUAUGGGCAUUUAUUUUGAGAAGAGAGGGAUGCCAGAAAAGCAAGAUUGCGAAAAAUGAAAACCACAACUCUCGGGCAACAGAUGUGUGCCUUUUUAAAAAGAAUACUUUUAUUUAAAGCACUUAAAGAGCAAAACCACAGAUCCCGACAAAUAAGGUAAAAUAAAGUAAAUUAAGACAUCAGUUUACAAAUGCUAACAUUAUUACAACAAACUGAAAGUGGCGCAUCGUGAAAUUUGGCUAAACAAUCUAUAGCCUUUUUAACUUGGUGGGGUUACUGCUUUGUUUAAUUGUUAUGCGUUUCUAUACAGUGGUACCUUACAUACGCUUCAGGUUACAUACCCCUCAGGUUACAGACCCCACUAACCCAGAAAUAGUACCUCGGGUUAAGAACUUUGCUUCAGGAUGAGAACAGAAAUCGUGCACCGGCGGCGGUGGGAGGCCCCAUUAGCCAAAGUGGUGCUUCAGGUUAAGAACAGUUUCAGGUUAAGAACAGACCUCCAGAAUGAAUUAAGUUCUUAACCCAAGGUACCACUGUAUUGUAAACCGCCCUGUGAUCCUUGGAUGGAGGGCAGGAUAGCAGUAUAGAAAAUUAACAGUAAUAAUAGUAAAUAAAUAAAUAAAAGUGUGUGUCAUCACAACCAGAUCUGCAUUUCCCAGGAAUGAGUGUAGCCUAAACCAUGCAGAAACAUUCCUGGCUAUGGCUGUCACCUGGGCAUCCAGACUUGAGGACAGAUCCAAAACUGACUGCCAAGUUGAGUUUUCAAGGGAAGGACUACCCAACCUUAAGACGGGAUGAACUGCUAUUCCCAUAUCUGUAUUCUACUGAACAGGAACAGCAUUCAUGUCUGGAGAAAGCUUCAGUUUGUUUGCCUCCGAUCCCAGUCCAUUGCUGACUUCUAGGAUAUGCGAUAAAGGUGGGUAUUGGGCCGUCGGGGUGGGCCAUGCCAUAUCAUGUGGCCUCCUUCUUUCCCUCGCCUUCUUUCCUGGCAUCAACACAGAAAUGAACGGAAAUAAAGCAACACAAAUAUUUUGACUUAAUUGUCUUAGAAAAGCGAUUUUAAAUCAUGGACACCUUGGUUCUGAAAAUUGUGCUGCCUGUAUUGAUGUGAGUGAUGCGGUCCCAUGGCACAAAUUUCAGUGCAAAGGAAAAGAGCUAAGAUCUCCCUUACUAUAAUGUCCAAACAAGAUGUGAUGGGGAAGAAUAAUGAUAGGUUUGUAAGGACUCUUCCAUAAUUUUGCCAAGGAAAUUCUUACUGUUUAGGGCCUAAUGCCAUUAGCCUCUCUUGUAGAUGGAGAUCCGUUAUGAAAUGCAUUCAGGACCGGAAAACAAAUCUGUACUGAGAUACACACAGAACCAUUUUUACUAUUGGAACUGCUCUGAAUCUGACUUCAGGAAGAAUGUGUUUUAACUGAGAGUGUCCUGGAAUAGACACUCUGCAUUGGGAAAGAAGGGAACUGAGUUCCCUCCAGUUUCCCACUUUCCUGAUGUUCCAAAGGACCAGUACCCUGGAGUUAUGAUACGUGUUGUUGUCAGGAUUCUAACUGGACUGUAACUGACCUAAGAAUUCUGCAGAGCAGUUGCUGCUGUGGCCAGCAUCUCAGUCUUCUUGUGGCUCAGGAGCAGCUAGGAAAUACCUGCUUUAUUCCUGGCAUGCUAGAUUAUAGCUGAGGAAUGUAUUUCACGUAAGUUUAUGGAUUAAACCUUCCUCACUAUGCCAUAAGGCGUGUUUAUGCUCUGUUGAAAAUGAUAGCUGCAGUAGCAUGAAGUAAAACAGCUAAAUGAUUAUCAUCAUCAUCAUCGCUUUUAAUUUGUAUAUCAUCUUUCUAUCUUACAAUACUCAAGACUGUUUACAAGCUGAAGAAACAAAGAAUGUACACCCUAUAACAAUCUAAUGCAAUACAAAAACGUGAUAAUAAAACGUAACUUUAAAAUAAGCGACCCACAUCAAAAAAGUAACAUUCAACAAUCAUUAGAAUAGUAUAGAAUUAUAACGUCCGCAUAUAAAAAUUAAACAGAAAUUCACUCUUAACCAUUACAAUAAGUAAUUUCUAAACUAUAAUCAAUAAAACAACAGCAAACCUCAGUGCAUAAAAUAAUACAGUGCAUAUACAUGUAAUACAUGUAAUAAUACAUGUAAUGCAGAUUGAGAAGCAGGGACUGGAGGGUGGGGCAAGGCAGGUGGAGAAAGGCCUUGCCCAGGCAUAGACAAACUGGCCUUUUAAAUGUUUGGGUCUACAAUUCCCAUAUCCCCUGACCACUGGUCCUGUUAGCUAGGGAUGAUGGGAAUUGUAGUCCCAAAUAUCUGGAGGGCUGGAGUUUGCCUAUGCCUGGCCUUGCCUGAUGAAGUCUCUCCCCUCCCUGUACAGUGAGAGAGAGAGAGGAGUGGGCAGUCUUGAGAGCCAAGUGAGGACCUACAACAACAAAGCAGCAAAACAGGGAAGAUGUUCGAGACCGUUGGCCUUCCAAAUAUUGCUGUCUGAAAUAUCCCUUGCCAUUGUCCACACUCGCUAGAGCUGACGGGAGUUGUUCAACAGCAUGUGAAAGGCUCUCCCCAGAGAUGGAGAUAUCAGGCAAAGAACAAGGAAUUGUGAAGACCAGAAGAAAACAACAUAAAGAUCGGGCUGAAAGAUAAUUACAGAUCUAACUAAGAGAAGCAUUGGGCUUCUGGAGAGGGAAAUGUUGGUGUGCGAAGGGGGUGUGGGUGUGGAGCAAUCUGUGGGGAUCCUGAUCUGAUAGUUUAGUAUUUACUGUUGAAGGCAAUCACAUGGAGGCAUCUUUUAUGUGUUCCCUACCAUUUGUGUCCUUGUUCCCAUUAGCUUGUUCCUCUUCUGGAUUUCUUUCCUGUGUGUUCUUGUAGAUUUACGUUUUUUGUCAGCUCUUUCAUUUCUCUGGAGGAGUGUUUAUUGGUAGUAGCUUGAAUAAAUAGACAAAAUUGGGAUUUUUAUUCCUUUCAAUGUUAUAGGAUAUCAUCUUUUAAUGUUAUAGGAUAUCAUCAGACAUUCCUAUUUUUUUAAUCAUUUUCUGCAUACAAUUGUUUUAUAAUUCCUAACAGAUUAUGUUCCAUGUUUUGAAAUUAACUCCAGUACGUUUGUCCAUUGAUGUUCAUUGUAUGCUUUAGUCGUAUCUAAUGUGAUUAUAGGUACAGGAAUUUAGGGAUUUUGUUAUGGUUUACUAUGAUAUUUGGCUAAAUUUCUCAAUCUAUUAGCUAAUACAUUCGUUUUAAAAAGCGAUCUUGGACUCCCCAAUGAUGUGGACCACAAGACAACGAAGAAAGGCUUAAAAGGCAAGAGAUUAAUUAAUCUCAGUUCAAGACUAUAGCAAUCUGCUCCCUGGGUCCAUGCAGCCAGCUGUUUUGGCACCACUCAAUGAUGACGGCCAAGACUGAGCCUGCAAGCUCUAAGGUAGCAAGCGUGCACAAUUUAUUGAAAUUGACAAAGGCUCCAAAAAACGGGCAGGAGGCAGUUGUUAAAGAGGCAAUGUCACUAAGAGAAAAGCAGGAAGCUUUGAGGUUGGUGGAGCUUGAGAGCAUUAGUAUAGUGUGGGAAUGCCUUGGUGCAGGGGGUGAAAUGGUGAGCAUCAGGCACUGAAGUCCUAGUACAGAUACUAUCUUGCAGCAACAAGAAGCUGGGCUUUUUGCCAGCAAAAAACACUCAUUUACAAGGGCAAAGUCACCAUAAGAAUUUGCGUUUGGUGGGUGUUGCGAAGGGACACAGUUCAGUGUCGUUUGUAACCAACUUACUUAAAAGCCUUCUUGAUCUGUCAGAUAGCUAGCAUCGACAGAUGGAAAGAGCACAUAGGUAGGUCCUUUGGUCCCACACCUGCCAGAGUAGUUCCCCCUGCCAACAUGCUAUCAUCUUUGCACUAUUGCAAUGCACUACCAAAUAUGAAAUAGUGUGCAGAGCUUGGGAGAAGGGCACAUGCACCAGGAUGUGAGGCAGGGAGCGCAGGAGAACAGCUACAAAUCUGCUUAUUCCAAGACCUCCCUUAAAGCAGUUGUGGGUCACCAUGAAGAAUUUGAACAAGCCAAAUACCUAGUCACUAGGGCUGGGCAAUAUCUGAUUUUCAACAUUGUGCAUAUAUACCACCAGCUAAAUAUCGCAAUACAGUGAUAUAUCGCAAUAUCUGAAAUAAGGAUGGAGCUAUGUAGAGGCAUUGGCUGGCUUCACAGUUUCCCCCACAUUGUGAUUUUUGCACAACACACACACACACUUCAUGAUUCGCAAUAUAUUGCCAGGUCAAAUAUUAUGAAACCGGAAUUGCAAUAUGGAUCAUAUAUUGCCCAGCCCUUCUAGUCGUGGGACAGAAUCUUUAAACUUUUCCUCUCCCCUGUGCGUGUCAAUACCGUGCAUAGAUUUGACUCACCUGAACCUGCAGAAGCCAUCUCAGGAACUUGAAUGUAUAGUUGGAUGGUGGGAGUGUGUUUGGGAGGAGUUGCAGGAGCCCCCUGUUCUGCUAUCCUCUCUCCCUCGGUCAAGCAGCUACUCACCAGCUACUUCUCUGUCGUCAUGUGCCUCAAUGUCACAGAAGAUGGACAGUGUUGCACUCAGCAUUGCACAGAAGAGCACAGGAGCCCUUCUCAGCUUGGGUGAGGAGCUCUCUGUAGAAGCUGUUCUUACCCAGCUGGCAUGUACCCCCAUUGAUGUUUUCCCUUUUUGUGUUUGUUGGCCAUGUGCUGGUGCCAUUCUAUUUUGUGUCCUAGGCAUGCCUACCUACUUGCACUCCUCUCCCCCAAACUGCUAAGUUCCAUUUUCCAAAACAGGUGUCUUGCGGGGGGGGGGGGAUGAAAAACACAAAAGGUGAAACUGCUAGAUUUAUUUUAAAUUAUUACCGGCCUCCUCUCUGCAAUCUGUUAUUAUUACAAUUACGUUAGAAACAAAAAUAGCUUCUCUCACAGAUAUUUGUCAAAAAUCAGUAGUUUGUGCUUUGAACCUUAAAAGUUCUAAGGUGUUGAUUAAUAUUGCUCAUCAUAAAUGUCUGAAUUUGAAAACAAAACAAAGUUUUCUAAGAUUUUUGAACAGUUAAAAUGAACCUACUAUAUAUCUAUGAAGUGAAACAAAUAUAGAAAGAUCUUACAAAUAAUCUGAAAAGGAGUCUGAUAAUUCAUUGACAGAACUCUUAAGAACCUGCAGUUGUAGAAUGAAAAGAACAGCCAAUAAGGAACAGCAUCUGUAGUUACACAGUCACAAUAGGUUGAGAAUCUUCUGUUUUUAUUUUAGACCUUACAGUCUGCAGACUACAGUUUUUCAGUGUAGCUCCUGGUUUUAAGAGCUCUGUAACUAAUUGCUUUAUUGAAGAGCCCGUUUUUUCAAAACGUCAACUUUUGUCAAAAGAUUAACCAGGUAGAAGCUGUAACAUUUUUAGAGGUUUACUGCUAUUUUAAAUGUGCCGUUUCCCUUUUUAUUUUAAUACACAACCGAAUGCUUACAGUAUUUGCUUUGAGGACAGUUUAACCACAAACUAAAAUUCUGGAAUUGGGAAUCUUAGUAUUUGGAGGGGCUUGUAUGAGUCUAACAUCCUGAUCAUGUAAGCUAUUAACCAACCUGACUCCAAGAAACCAAACUAACCUUAAAAGAGCUUGCUUCAGGUAAUUUCUAAUGGCAUUUAGUUGAGAGAUUCUUGAAGCCCCUGAGGAAUUUUCUAAUCCAACCAGCCUUGGCCUGGCCUCCAACCUGCCAUUUUGAAGUUUGAGCUGUUGUAAGGACUCUCAAUUAUAACACUUGCAAUGUACAGUAUGGGGAGAAUAGCCUGUUGGCUUUGGUAACAGGGCAGUUUAUAGAAGUUUAACAUCCUCAAAAAGAAAAAUCAAAGAACCAACCAUUCUGAAACCUUUCUCCCAAUGAAAUAAGAUGUAAGUUAGGAAGAGCUUAGGUUCCCUUUUUUUUUGCUGCUAUCUUUUAUUUCUGGGUGGACAUCCCACUGCUCAAUGUCAGGCAGCCUAAAGCCAUGGAUUGUGACAUUGUUUUCCAUGGGCAGUUCUCACUUCUGCCCCAGCAAGGUAGGUGGUGAGGAAGGAACACCAGAAAAAAGAACCAAGAAAUUCCAUCCCAGACAAUUGAAUCUUAUAUCUUUUCCUGUCUGUAUGGAUAUCUCUGUUUCUGCAUCAAUGUUAAUCAUAGCUGUGAUUUCUCUUCUUUCAUUGGCUAUUGACAAUUGGGCGGAAUAACGUCUGCAUAUUUUUCCACGUAGAUUUGAAUCUACAGGGCUAGAUACUUUUUUGAGAGGCUAGGAAUCCAUGCUAGCUAAUGUGGCAAGCUGAGAACUGGUUAAAAUCUGGUGCACCAGGCCAUUACCUGCAAAUUGGUGGUUGUUCUUUUGGCCAAACAGCUAACAGACUGCAAAAUUUGCUCUGUUUCUCAUUAGUCCUGGCCACCCCUACACUCCUCUUGCUGCAAACAGUUGAUAAUUUCUUCCAAUUCAAAUACUAUCUAUUGUUUACUUUGCAGCCAAAAGCUCCAAGACUUUAUCUGACAAGGACAAGUAGAUGUAGAAAUCAUAGCAGAGUGAAGCAUAGCCUGAAUGCAAAGAGAAGUGAAGUUGAAUGGCACAUGGUAUGUUUUAAAGCAGAUUAUAUCUCAUUAUUUCAUGAUGAUGUUUUCAUUCCUUCUCUAUUCACCAUAUUAAUGUAGACCAGAGAGUGGUGUCAUGUGAUUAAAUCCCGACACAAUCCACAUUUUGCAACCUCCCCUCUAAGACGAAGCAAAUCUUACAUUUCCUUUCCACAGAUUCAUUCUUAAGAUUUAACCUCCCAUAUACUUCCAGUGAGGAGAAUUCCAUGUCGAAAAAAAGUAUAAUGUGACAUUCCUAGGCAUCAGCAGAACCUCUCUGUUGUGUAGCAUGAUGCCUAAUAACUGGUUGAAGUGAAGGAAUCCAACACUGUGCAUUUUAUGGGAGUUAAGAUUUUCAUAAUUCUGAUUAUGGGACUGGGAGUGGCCGCUGAGACCAUAUAACACCAGUCCUGAAAGACCUGCAGUGGUUCCCAGUACAUUUCUGGGCACAAUUCAAAGUGUUGGUGCUGACCUUUAAAGCCCUAAACGGCCUAAGCCCAGUAUACCUGAAGGAGCGUCUCCACCCCCAUCGUUCUGCCCAGACACUGAGGUCCAGCUCCAAGAGCCUUCUGGUUGUUCCCUCCCUGCAAGGUUACAGGGAACCAGGCAGAGGGCCUUCUCGGUAGUGGCGCCCGACCUGUGGAACGCCCUCCCAUCAGAUGUCAAGGAAAUAAACAACUGCCUGACUUUUAGAAGACAUCUGAAGGCAGCCCUAUUUAGGGAUGUUUUUAAUGUUUGAUGUUUUAUCAUGUUUUUAAUAUUCUAUUGGGAGCUGCCCUGAGUGGCUGCUGAAACCCAGCUGAAUGGGUGGGGUAUAAAUAAUAAAUAAUUGUUGUUGUUAUUGUUGUUGUUAUGCUGCUAGAAACAACUGAAAGGAACGCUGUGGAUUGGGAAGGUGAGUGCUAGAAAUAGCAGCCCUCAUAAAUGAAAUAAAAGUGUUAAUCAAAUGUCUUUCAGGACAAUUCUUCAUUUGGGUAA